CAACCACUGGAUUUGUUUACAUAAUUUUGUUAUUUUGGUGCUCAGUUGCUUUAUUAUAAACCACAGUCAAAUAAUUGUGCGCUAAAGCAAAACUUGGCGAACUUUGAGGUUAAAUCAGUCCCUGUAAUCUUAAAAUCUCAAUUCCCUCAAUGGAAAACCACAUCAGACGCUUCUACACGUCGCCACAAUUCUUCAAUUGUGAAACCAUCAAACUAGAAACUUACCAUUGCAAAAAUUGCAAUUUCGAAACCAACUUCACAAUCCUUGUAAAAAAACACCUCAAAACACAUAGUGACCCCAACAUAGAAAACGAAAAAUUCGCAAUUAAGAACUACAUUUGUGACAAGUGCUGCUUUCGAACCCAUUGCACACUCAAAUGGUUGCAACAUAGUGUAAACUGUUCCGACAACAAAAACCCCCAAAAGCGUACCACUCAAGACACCAGAUGGUACAAAUGUUACCACUGCGACUUCAAAUCAAAAUACAAACACAGCUUAAAAGAACACAUCUACUCCAAACACAUGGGUCACCACAACAUCAAGUGGUUCAACUGUGACAAGUGUCCAUACAGAGCUAAACGCCGCGGAACUCUCCUCGAACACGUAAACUCGCGCCACUUGGACGAUCAACAAAUCACGUGGUACGAGUGCAAGCAGUGCCCCUACAAAGCCAAGAAACCCUACAACCUCAAAACCCACAUAACCAUGCACCAUUCCAACGGGCAAAACAUCAAAUGGUUCGAGUGCAAACACUGCCCAUACAAAGCCAAGUACCGCUACAUUUUAAAAAAACACUCCAUAGCGCACCACUCGACUGCUCAGGACGUGAUUUGGUACGAGUGUCAACAGUGUCCAUACAAAGCUAAACUGAUCCACAACCUGAAAAACCACACCCGGACCCAUCACGUAAACGAACAGGACAUAAAGUGGUUCGAGUGCGAACAGUGCCCGUACAAGAACAAGGACCGCUCCAAUUUGAGGCGGCAUCGAAAUGUGCACCACCUGAAGAGGAUCAAGUCGUACGAGUGCAAGCAGUGCUCGUACAAAGCCACCAGGAAGGAGACUUUGAAAGACCACGUCAUAGCUCGGCAUCUAGACGAGAAGGACAUAGACUGGUACCAGUGCAAGGAGUGCCCUUACAGGUGCAAGCAAAAGGGCAGUUUGAAGAGUCACGUGGUUGCGCGUCACAUGGAUGAAGAGGAGAUCGAGUGGUUUGGGUGUGACCUGUGUUCGUUUAAAACCAAGCAGAAGCCGUAUUUGAAGAAGCACGUGAAGGUGCGGCACGGAAUUGAACAGAGUGCUAAGUUUGAGAGCAACGAAAAUCCAUGAAUUGGUUAAACGAAUGUAGAUUUUUAUACAGUUCAAAAUGGUUUGUGAUAUACACCUGAGUAUUGUUGAUUGCCUGUAACGGAAAUAAGUUGUAUUAGAAAAUAUAUUGUUGCAAAAAAA